AUGUUUCUUUCAAGGUUGUUUACGGCACUUAAAUAUGGGGAUGCAUUAUCGCUAACCAUACGUCUACAGCACACAAUGCCUUUCCAUAAGGGAGACAAAAGUGGUCAUUUCGAUGCCAGCCAAAACACAUUUAAUCUGCAAGAUCCGGGUUUUGGACCAAGUGAAGGUGUUUACAAUAAUCGCAUGGAUCCUCGAUAUGGCAAUAUGAAUCCAAACUAUUAUGGUGGUGUGCCUGGAGGAAAUGGAAGGUAUGGACAGGAUUUCUAUAAUCAACAACCUGGCUCUCAAGGCUGGAAUACGGGAAGACGACAUUUUAAUGGCUCAGAUUCGGAUGACUCUGACAUUGACAAACGCAAUUACAGAGGUUCAGGGCCGGGUUGCAAUCGGGGACGACAUGGUUCACACUCAAAUCGGCGUGGUCAUUCUAGUGAUCGUGGUUCAAGUUCAGAUGAAGGAAGGCGUAACAGACAAUGGCGCUAGAGAAAUUUUGUCGAUGUUCAUCUGGUCCGUAUUCUUCUGAACAUUUGUCACUAAUGAUUUUCGAUAUUACUUUUCAGUCGAAGAAAGCUAUAAAAUGAAUGAAGUACAAUUAGAGUGUGCUUAUUUGAUAUUUACUUACGUGUCAGUUGAUCAUUUUUGUUUUUCUUUAAUAUUGUGAAAUACAUUUUCUGUUUUUGUAUUCUGUCUUUUUUUAAUGACUCACUGAUUCAUGUAGGUUCUCAAUGUAUGAAACAUUGCUAGUGAAUAACCAUGAAUGUAAACAUGAACAUCAGUCUAUUUACUUUCACGCUCGAAUCUUUAAAGUAAAAGAACUAUUUAUCACAGCUUGGUAAAGUGGAAAAUGGGGUAAAUAUCCAC